CUAAACUAUUUUAAGUUGUAUUUGUUUGCUUUAAAAUAAAUAUAGUCGAUCAAUUACUGAAAAUGACACUAGUUCAGGUGUUUGAGACAAUUUGGGAGACCUUCCAGUCAAAAGACUCAGCUUUGCAGCCUAUGUGGGACUAUGUGCGACUCAACCACUCUGAAACUCUUCGGUCUCCUCUCUUCCCUGUGAUUCUGACCGUAGCGUCGUAUUUUGUUCUUUGCCUACCCUACCUAGUCUGCGACAUCAAUGGAAAGAAGUGGCCAGCUAUUAACCGGUACAAGAUCCAGCCCGGCAAGAUGCCCACAACUGCAAUGCUCCUUCACUGCAGUGGAGUUACUCUUUAUAAUCACGUACUUCUGGUGUUUCCUGCUGCAGUAGCGCAGUGGAUGUGGAGACCUCCUGUCCCCCUUCCUGAACAAGCACCUACAUUGCUUGAACUUGCAGGUGGGGUGACUGGAAACCUUCUUCUUUUUGACUUUCAGUAUUUUAUCUGGCACUUUUUGCAUCAUAAGAUCCGCUGGCUGUAUGUGACUUUCCAUGCUAUCCACCAUAAUUACUCCGCCCCAUUUGCUCUGGCCACACAGUGCCUUGGUGGAUGGGAGUUGGUGACGGUGGGCUUCUGGACCACGCUCAACCCCAUUCUGCUGAGGUGUCAUCUGCUCACCACCUGGAUAUUCAUGGUGGUCCACGUCUAUGUAUCGGUGGAAGACCACUGCGGAUAUGAUUUCCCUUGGUCCAUGUCUCGUCUGAUCCCAUUUGGUGUUUAUGGAGGUCCGAGCAAGCAUGAUGUGCACCAUCAGAAACCUAAUACUAACUUUGCACCCCAUUUUAGUCACUGGGAUAAACUGUUCGGCACUCAUGCUGAUUUUAGUUAUGUUAAAACUCAGUGAUGAGCAUGCCUGUGUGUAAAUAUUACAUUUGCAUGUUUGGUUG